UCGUAGAGAUUAGGUUGCCGUCACACACUCUUCACUCUCUUCUCCUCUUCUCUUACUCUUGACGGCUAGGGUUUUUCUCUUCUUCCUCUUCCGAUCUGAAACAACAACAACAACGAUGGUGUCAUCGUUAAGCUAAGCGUUUCGUUGUUUCUCGUAUCAAACAACAACAACAACAACAACGUGCGGUGGUUUGGUUUGGUUUUCUGUGUUUGUGACAAGACGAAAUGGCAACCAUGAAUCCUUUUGAUUUGCUCGGUGAUGAUGCUGAGGACCCGUCGCAGUUGAUUGUUGCUGAGCAGCAGAAGGCGGCUGCUGCUGCUGCGGCUGCUGCGGCGGCGCCCAAGAAGGGUCAGGAGCAUGGGAAGGCCGGUCCGGCGGCUCAGCAGAACAAGCCGGCCCAGUUGCCUUCCAAGCCGCUUCCUCCCACUCAGGCUGUGAGGGAGUCCAAGAAUGAAGCUUCUCGUGGCGGCCGUGGGGGUGGCCGAGGAGGUGGACGUGGAUUUGGACGCGGUGGUCGUGGUGGAAGUGGCUUUGGCCGUGAUUUUCCUAAUGAUGAUAACUCAUUUCCUUCCUCUGGAGCCCCCAUUAAUGAAGGUGCUUUUGAAGGAGAUACUGGAAACCCCUCAGAAAGACGCGGUUAUGGUGCUCCUCGGGCACCUUAUCGCGGUGGCGGUGGUGGUGGUCGCCGUGGCGGUUUUAGCAACGGUGAAGCUGGUGAAGAUGGACGCCCACGGAGAACAUUUGAACGCCACAGUGGGACCGGACGAGGAGGUGGGUUCAAACGUGAAGGUGCUGGACGUGGUAACUGGGGAACACAGUCUGAUGAAAUUGCUCAGGUCACUGAGGAAGUGGUGAAUGAAGCUGAAAAGAAUGUGGGUGAUGAGAAGCCUGCAGCUGAGGAACAAGAGGCAGCAGAUGGAAACAAGGAAAGCCCUGUUAAUGAAAAUGAAGAAAAGGAGCCUGAGGAUAAGGAGAUGACACUGGAAGAAUAUGAGAAGGUGCUGGAAGAGAAAAGAAAAGCCCUGCAAGCACUCAAGACUGAAGUGAGAAAGGUGGAUGCUAAGGAGUUUGAAUCCAUGCAGCCACUUUCCCACAAGAAAGACAAUGAUGAGAUCUUUGCUAAAUUGGGAUCUGACAAGGAUAAGCGCAGAGAUGCUAUUGAGAAGGAGAAAUCAAAGAAGUCUGUCAGCAUCAAUGAGUUUUUGAAGCCUGCUGAAGGAGAGAGGUACUACAGCCCAGGUGGCCGCGGUCGUGGACGUGGCAGCCGUGGUGGUUCAAGAGGAGGUUUCAGUGGAAAUGCAAGCAACCAUGCAGCAGCUCCAGCAAUUCAGGAUCCAUCUCACUUCCCAACCUUGGGUGGGAAGUGAGAAUUUCCAGAACUCUUUUAGACAUAUCUCUUUCCGUUUCUUUUUUUAUUUUUGUUCUUCAAUUUUGGGUUCUCUGAUUUGAAACUAAAGCAGGAAAACAACUGUUACUUGGAUUUCCUGAAUUAGAAGGGUUUUUUAGCUCUCUUUUGUGCUUUAAAAUGUAUAUUUAGGUUGUUCAUCACACGGUCCUUAUUCCCCUGUAACCUUUUUUCUCUAUCGUUAUGUUUUGCUGUUACGUGAUUGACAUUCUGGGGGACGGGCUGUAUGGUGGUGGCGGAUAAGACAUAAAUGUGAUCGAGUUUCGUUAUUUUUAUAGAUCCAAUUUCCAGUUUUAUUUUAA